AUGAUUCAAAACUGGCUCCUGAAUUAUAAUAUCACCGAAAUGGCUCAGCUUUCUGUUAUAAUUGGCUGGGAAUAUCCUCUUAUUUUAAUUAUUAAACCAUCAAAAUCGCUCGGAUCGCUGGGCUUUCCUGGUCAUUUAGGUUGCAAGGAAAGGGAUGAUAUUGACGACGAUGUUGUAUUCAUAGUAGGUGAACCGGGUGAAGUGGUUUACGAUGGCGCCAAAGAAAUAAAAAAAGAAAUCAAAAAAGCUCGAGGUGGUUCCGUGAAGGUCGUCACUAGGAAGGGUGAAAAAUUAGGCAAAGGCGUGCACCCAAUGGUCUCGGAUCGAGCUCGAGAAGCCGACGAGGCUGCUGCAGGAAAACCACAAAUUAAAGAAAGUCAACUUCUGACUGAUGCAGCAACAAAAGUCGAAGAACCAGACACAAUGAUUAGGCGAAAGAAAAUAGGCGACCAUGCGCGUGUUAAACUUCCACCAUCCGUUUCCGACAAAGCGUUCGACGACGAGUUCAGACGAGGUGCAGCAAUUGACCACGCUAAGCAUGCGGCGGGAGAAGCGGGUUCGGCAAUCGGUAAUAAACUUGAAGAGGCAAAAAAUGUUGCAGGUGAAAAAGCAGAAAGCAUCAAAAGUGACGUAAAAGAAGGCGCACAUGAUUUUGCGAGCGAAUCUGAAAGGAAAGCUGAAAAGAUCAAGUCUGGCGCUGUGGAUGCGGCUCGAGGUGCAAAGGAAGGUGUGGAGUAUGCUGGCCAGGCAGUUGCCGACACAGCUGGUCAUGUUAAAGACGCUGCUGUGGACACAGCGGUGGGAGUGAAAGAAGGCGUGGAACAUGCUGGAGAAGCUGUCGCAGAUACAGCCAAAGGAGCAGUCGAUGCAGCUGGCCAAAUAGGAACUGGAAUACAAAAAGCGGCAUCUGGAGUCUGGAAUUCUGCAGGCAGAGCUGUCGAUGCAGUCGGAAGCGGUGUGGUUGAUGUUGCUGUAGGAAUUAAAAAUGUGGCCGGAUCAGCAGUAGAUGCUGUUGGUGAUGCUGCAUUUGCAGUUGGCACCGUCGGCGGAGCAAAAGCUGUUGGAAGCGGAAUCUCAACAGUGGUUUCUGGAGCCGGAGAAAAAGUUGGUGAAGGUGUCGAAAGCGUCGGUCAUGGCAUCGCUGGUGUUGGCGAAAACAUCAAAGAAAAAGCUCAUGAUUGA